AUGGAGACUUCUUCUCUCGGGCCCUCGCCGUCUUUUGCCGCUCCUGCGCCUCGCGCUGCCUCGCUUUUUUUUUCAACCAGCCCUCUGCGGAGUCCUUUCUCUCCCGUCCCCCGAUUCACAGGUGAUCUACAGACGCAGAGACUGCCUCGACAAGGCGGAAGAGACAGGGGAGACAGAGGCCGUCGCAGCUUCGACAGAUCAGACACCACUGGGCAUCGCCAUGUGGACCCAGCAGCACAGCGCGAAGAGCUCUUGAAAACGUUUCACCCUCUUCCUUCUCCUCCUCUUCCUCGCCCUUCUCUGUCUCCGCCUGGUCGCAAUGCGCAGACUGCGGGACGCACUGCGUCUUCCUCUCGGCUUUCUGUGGAUUUAUCGGCCUUUCCUUUUUCCCCUGAGGCGGUACCUUCUUCGUUCUCGCCGUCGCGAUUCUCGCCUCUCGUUCGCGACUUCGUCCUGCGACAGCCCGCACUGUGGAUGUCUCUCCAAGCCGCCCUCUCUCUCGAAACGGACGAAGGCAACAAGGGGACACCAAACGCAGGAGACGACGGAAGAAACCAAGGACAGGCCGCAGCGCCGCCUCGCUCCGAGAGCGGAAACGCAUCGUCUGGAUCUGGAGACACAUCUCCCUUCGCCGCCUUUUGCUCGCUUGUCAAGGAGGCCCUCGGCGCAGGCCAGAACGCCGAGGUGGCCGCGGAGCUCCUCUACGACACCGUCGCUUCUCAUCUUCUCUCAGUGUCAUCUCCUUUGACUCGCGACCGCGAGGAGACAGGCGUCUCCGUCGAGCUGCUCGGAACGCUGGUCGAGCUGUUGCCCGAGGGCAAGGGCGAAGCGUACUUCGCCGAACUGGUCACACGCGCGAAGGCGCUCCUUCUCGCCGAUGCACAUCUCGUCUGGGAGCGGGCGGUGUAUGUUCUCUCGACCGCGGACACGGAGCCGGGCGAGACAGAGCACGCCUCCGUUGCGUGUGAAGCGUUUCCGGAGAGAGAGACGCAGGGGGAAGCUGAGGAAGAAGGUUCGGUGGCGGCUCUCCUCACUUCGCCGUGGUGGCAAAGCGUGUGCCGAUUUCCCAUCCGCCCCGACAGGGUUUCCCGAGCCUGUGGGGAGGCAGCUACGUGCGACGCUGAUUUGGCCGAACUGACGGACGCGUCUCCGUACGGCGUGGAGUUUCUCUCUCGCCGCCGUCGCCGACGCCCAGGGGGCGUCUUCGCGUCCACAAAUACAGACGGAGACCGCGACUUGGAAGGCCUUCUGGGUGAGUUGUGGGAUUACAUUGCUGCUCUCCCGCGCGCACCUGCCGGGACGAUUCCUUCUUGCCAAGGAGAUGCUGCGCGUCCUCCAGGGUGUCUUCCUCUCUCUGCUUCGCCGUUCAAUCCUCUGGCGUCAGCGACGCUGCCGCGUCUCUCGCGGCCUCGGGAGGCCGCGAGAGACGCGGCAUCUCCACCUUGCGAGGCUCCGAACUUUUCUGACGCAUGCCAGCCUCUCGAGUGGCUUCAAAAACUCUGCUGGGCGGCGACAGAACGCCACGAGCUUGGCGAGCAAGACACGCGGGACGAAGACGACAGUACGAGCCGAGCGAACGAGGCAGUCGCGCUGAUGGCCGCCGUUCUGGCAGUUCUCUCUUCGUUCGCGGCGUCGUCGCCUGCGUCUCUGGAGGCUGAGCGCGAGGCGGUGUUGGGCGAGCUUUUCAACCUCCUCGGAGAGAAGUCUGUGCACCUUCUCGAGACGCUCUUCUCGCACGCCUCGCCGAUUUUGCAGGAUUUACAGAGACGCCGAGAAGCAAGCAAAGCAGCGGCCGAGCGCGGAAAGACGCGCCCGGCAGCCUCAGCGCGGCAACUCGUCGGAGCAACAGUUUCGAUUAAACGGAAGAGCGAAGCGUUGUUCAUGCGGCUUCAGCAGAAAAAAGAAGAGAAACAGCGACGUCAGGCUGCGCUCGCGCUGAAGCAAAGAGACGCUGCCGCACCUGCGCGAUCAGGAGAGGCGGCGCGUUGGGAAGAAGGCAAGGCCCUAGAAGAAAGCAUUCUGGAGCUUCUUGUUGCGGAGGGGUUCGAUCAAGAUCCUCAGAGACCCGCACCUCGAGAGAACUUGCGCGGUCGCGACGCGUGGAAAAACGCCGAGAGAGGAGCGGCCGCUGUCGCCCCGUCCACGCUGCCGGCGGACUCAGUCUGGCGGCGUGGUCAGAAAUUCGAAGAAGUUUUUAUCCCUCCGCCAGAGACGAAGAAGGUUCCCCAAGCGUCUUUGAUUCCGAUUGCGAACCUGCCGGCCUGGGCACGCGUUUGUUUCGCCAACGUGUCGCACCUGAACGCGCUGCAGUCGGCCGUGUUUCAAGCAGCCUUCCACAGCGGCAAGUCUAUGCUGGUCUCGGCGCCGACGGGUGCCGGGAAGACGAAUGUGGCGGUGUUGACCAUUCUCCAGCAAGUGUUUGAACACCGGUUUCUCCAACUCCCCGCCCGCGGUCGCGGUGCGAAGCGGCCAGCUCGCCGUGCAGAGGACGUAGAAUCUCACGCGCCGCCAGGCGAUGCCUCGCAGCUUCUCUCGCACCAUCCGGGGGGACUCGACUCUGAAGACUCUCCCCCAGACGCGUCGUCCGCCGUUUCGUCCGUUCCUUCUUCUGGCGGCGACGCGGCCUUCCCUCCGCCUUCCGCGCGACUGUUCAAAGUGGUGUACAUUGCGCCGAUGAAGUCGCUGGUCGUGGAGGUUGUGGACAAGUUGACGCCCGUGCUGGGCAUCCUGGGACUGGUGGUGAAGGAGAUGACGGGCGAUGUCUCGCUCUCGCCUCACGAGAUGCAGAGCGUGCACGUCAUUGUGACGGUUCCAGAAAAGUGGGACAUUCUGACUCGAAACGCGCGCAACAGCAAUUUCGGGAUGAACGACCAGGAAGCCGAAGAGCAAAGUCUGAUGAACUGCGUCAAGUGCAUCAUCGUCGACGAAAUUCACCUGCUCGACGACGAGCGAGGGCCCGUGCUCGAGGCCAUCGUCGCCCGAGUUCUCCGACACGUCGAGGAAACGCAAAGCCACACCCGCCUCGUGGGAAUCUCCGCGACACUCCCAAACUGGGAGGACGUUGCUGCGUUUCUGCGCGUGGAGCCUUCCAUGGCGUUUUAUUUCGGAGCAGAGACGCGGCCGAUUCCUCUCGAACAGACGCUCGUCGGCGUUCUGGAGAGAGACAGCCAGAAGCGAAAGCAGGUGUUGAACGAGGUGUGCUAUUCCAAGAUUGUUGAAGCCGUUCAAAACGGCCAUCAAGCGCUCGUCUUUGUCCACUCGCGAGGAGACACGACAGUCACCGCCGACUUCCUCAUCGCAACCGCUCAAAGCAAAGGCCAGUUGGGGCUCUUCGUCAGUCAGGCGAAAGCGUCUCCGAAUUAUCGUCAGCUUGCCUCCCAGGUGAAUAAAUCGCGUUGCCGGGAAGUGACAUCUCUCUUUCCGAACGGCUUCGCAAUUCACCAUGCUGGACUUUUGCGGAGCGAUCGCCUCCUCGCCGAGAAGCUGUUUCGCACAGGAGCCGUCAGAGUGCUGUGCUGCACAGCGACGCUUGCCUGGGGCGUGAACCUUCCUGCACGAACAGUGAUUAUCAAAGGCACGAGCGUCUAUGAUUCCAAGGCUGGAGGCUUCCGCGACAUCAGCAUCCUCGACGUGUUGCAAAUCUUUGGGAGGGCGGGUAGACCCCAGUUCGACUCGCGCGGGUCGGCGGUACUCAUCACCGAAGGCCACGACCGGCUGACGCGCUACGUGGGACAACUCACGCACAGCUUGCCAAUCGAAAGCAAAUUCCUCGGGAACCUAUGCAACGCCUUAAAUGCAGAAGUCGCAACCGGAACCGUUUCCUCCAUCGACGACGCCGUCGACUGGCUCAGCUACACUUUCUGCUUCGUCCGAAUGUACAAAAACACGAGGGUCUACGGCGGGGGUGAAUUGACGUCGAUUCACGAUCCAGAUUAUUCGGCGCUCCGCCGAGAACUCAUUGUCGAGGCUGCCAAGACUCUUCAUGUACAUCGCUUGAUUCGCUUCAACGCGCGGACCGGUCGUUUGGACCCAACCGAUCUUGGCCGCAUGGCGUGUCGCUACUACGUCGACUACGAAACAGCCUCGAUGUUUCGUCAGGACCUCGACGGUGGAAUGGACGACGACGAAAUGAUUUUGAGCCUCGUUGGUGGGGCCAAGGAAUUCGAGUGCCUCAAGGUGCGCGACGACGAAGAGAGUGAACUUUCGAAUCUGCGGCGAAGCGACAUUUGCCGCGUCCCCAUUCUUCGCGACUUGGACGAGCCGUGCGCAAAAGUCCUGACCCUGCUUCAGGCUGUCCUCGCCCAGGCGCCCAUCAGAGCUUUUUCUCUCAGUGCUGACUCGAACUACAUCCAGGCGAACAUCGGCCGACUCAUGCGCGCGCUCUUUGUGACCGCCCUCGCUCACGGAAACGCCGGCGUUGCUGAGAGAGUUCUCGAGUGGACGAAAGCGGUGGAGCGAGGCUUCUGGCCUUCUUCCCACAUUCUCAGGCACUUCUGCAACCCCAACUGCUUCGAUCCAGAUGUCCAAAAACGCAGACAACCCUACGCCCCGCAUGGAAAUGAAAACCCUGGGAGACAGAACCGGCUCGUGCUUCGCGAAGGCGCGGUCAAACGUUUGGAGCGACACCAGUUUCCGCUCAGUCGCCUGCGAGACUUACAGGCCAACGAGAUAGGCGCUCUCGUCGCCAGUAAAACGGACGGUCAAGACGUUGCCCUCGCCGUUCGCAUGGUCCCCGAUUUGAACGUCGACGUCGAGGUUCAGCCCAUCACGGCUGCCAUUCUCCGCGUUUCGGUCUCUCUGGCGUUCUCCGAAGAUUUCCUCUGGUCGCCGUGGUGGCAUGGCGCCGGCGAGCUCUUCCACAUUUGGGUUUCCGACAUCGAAACGCAAACCUUGCUUCACACCGAAGACGUCGUACUCCAAAAAGAAAACAUCCGCGACGUGCGGGAGGUGUCCUUCGCGUUGCCCAUCCACGAGCCGGUCCCCAGCCAGUUCCAAGUUCUCGUCAUCUCCGACAGAUGGGUGGGCGUCUCUUUUCAGAACCUCUUCUCCAUUCACCAUUGUCUCCUUCCCGACAAGCGCCACGCCCACACGGAGCUUCUCGAUCUCCAUCCUUUGCCUCGAACCGGAAGUGGAAAAACCAUCGUUGCAGAGCUUGCAAUGCUGCGCCUUUUUGCCACGGCUCCAAAGCAGAAAGUCGUUUACAUUGCGCCUCUGAAGGCGCUGGCCGCCGAGCGUCUGGAGGACUGGUAUCGCCUUUUCUCUUUUUUUGGCCUUUGCCUGGAGAAGCUUGGGUGUCUGUUCGCACCUCAGCACUCUCUCGCCGCUUCGCUCGCUCAUCUGAAAGGCAGGAACGCCCACCGCGCGCUUGACGCAUUGCUUCGCUGGAAAGUGCGAUUCGAGGGAAAGUUGAAGAAGCGCGUCGCCGAAUUCACUGCGGAUGCCGAAGCGGAGAAUGCGCGAGAUUUCUGGAAGGCAGACAUUUUCGUGUGCACGCCUGAGAAGUGGGACGGUCUCUCGCGUCCAGUUCUGGAGGCGAUUGUGAGCCGUAUGCGGUACGUGAGCAGCCAAACAGACCAGCCGGUGCGUCUCGUCGGUCUCUCCACUGCGCUCGCAAACGCGCCCGAUGUCGCCGCGUGGAUGGGCAUUGGAAAAAUCGGGCUUUUCAACUUCAAACCCGCCGUCCGGCCUGUCCCCUGCUCUGUUCACAUUCAAGGAUUUCCUCAAAAACACUACUGUCCACGAAUGAAUGCGAUGAACAAGCCGGUGUUCGAGGCCCUCCUCACGCACGCGGCUCCGACUCUCUCUCCCGAAGAAAGAACGACUGCUCCGGAAAUCCUCAACGGCGUCUACAGCACUUGCGCCUUCUCUGCUUCCUCUUCUUCCUCGUCUUCCUCUUCUUCCUCUUCUUCCUCUUCUUCCUCUUCUUCUCGUCCCUUCUCGCCAAUUGCGUUACGCCCUUCGUUGGUUUUUGUCUCUUCGCGUCGACAGACGCGACGCACAGCGCAGGAGCUCGUUUCUCUUUUGCACACGCGCCAGGAGCAUGCAUCCGACCUUUUCCUCGACGUUCGCCCCGAGGAAACCAGCGAGUUCCUCAACACCGUAAACUCCGUCCAGGACACUUCUUUGCGCGCCUCUCUCCAGCACGGCGUCGCCAUUCACCACGCGGGUCUAUCGCCGAACGAUCGCGCGGUUUCUGCUCGGCUGUUUGAGAAAGGUUUUGUCAGAGUUUUGGUCGCGACUGCAACGCUCGCCUGGGGAAUGAAUCUGCCGGCGCGACUUGUCGUUGUCAAGGGGACAGAGUACUACGACGCAGAGACGAAGCGCUACAAGGACUUUCCCAUCACCGACCUUCUGCAGAUGAUUGGUCGCGCGGGAAGACCGCAAUUCGACAGCCAGGCUGUGGCAGUGAUUUUCUGUCACGAGCCGAAGAAAAACUUCUACAAAAGGUUUCUCUACCAGCCUUUCCCCGUGGAGUCCUGCCUCCUCCACGUUCUCGCCGAGCACCUGAACGCGGAGAUUGUUGGCGGCACGAUUCGCACAAAGCAACAGGCAAUCGAAUACCUCACCUGGACCUACUUCUUCAGGCGUCUCACCUCGAAUCCGUCCUACUACCAACCGUCGUUGAUGAUUCAGGAUUUCGCCUCGUCCUUCUCGUACAGAGGCGGGAAGCGUGCGUCGGAUUCGGCUGUUCGGCAGCGCCGAGCUGCAAUCGCUGCCUUUGUCGACAAGGCUGUUUGCGAGGCGUUGGACGAAUUGCUGGAGGCGAACGCUCUCAGGCUUCGUUUCCCCACCGACGAGGAACGGGCGCUUGCACUUGGGGUGCCGGGCGAGGAAGACUCAAAAUCGAGGACGCACAGGGAUGCGGCAAAAGUGAACGAAGAUGAAGAAGACGGGGAAAAAGGAGAAGAGGCGAGGGCUAUUCGUGUGCAACUCUGUGCUGUGCCUGAGGCGCCGAAGAGGCGCCGACGAGGCAGGAAGACGAAAGAAGGCAGAGACAUUUUUGAAGAAGAAGAGGAGAUGCCGGAGGCACUCGAGCCGAUCUUGGAAAGCACGCCGCUGGGAAGAAUUGCAUGCAUCAACUAUAUUUCGCCGAAAUCGGCCAAGAUGCUCUCCGAUGCUUUGAGGCCGGCGAGUUCCGAAGAAGACCGAAAACUCAACUUUGUCGAUGUCGUCAAACUCCUCUCUGACGUCCCUGAAUUCGGUCAGAUGCCCGUCAGGCAUAACGAAGACAACCUGAACGCUGACUUCAGUGCCGUCUGCCCAUAUCCCAUCAACCCUUCAUCGGUCGACUCACCGCACACGAAAACGUUUCUUCUUUUCCAAGCGAAUAUGUUUCAGCUGCCUGUGCCGAUCUCCGACUAUAAGACGGAUUUGAAGUCUGCACUCGACAACGCAAUGCGUAUUCUUCAGGCGAUGCUGGACAUCUGCACAGAGGAGGCACAGCUCCGCUACGCUCUGGACGUCAUUCUGCUGUUCCAGUGUUUGGUCCAAGCGACGCAUCCUGCGCGUUCUUCGCUCCGGGUCUUGACCCAUCUCAAGGAUGCGGACGCCUCGCGUCUUCGUCGCCUCAGGGCGCUCGGCAUUCACUCUCUCCCUUUCCUCGUGGAGCACGCCUACCCUGCGGGAGUGCUGCUCAAGGCAGGCUUUUCAGACCGGCAAGCGCACGACAUUUGCGAGGAGUUGAAGAAGUUUCCGCGCCUUCGUGUGUCCACACGCUUGUUUGUGAAGCUCGCGUCGGGGUCAGAGAGCGAAGAACGAGGGGACGAAGAUGAUAGCGAAGAGGUGUUUGAGCGCGUUCUUCCACAACCGUGUACGGACGGUGACGGGAAAGAGGGCGAAAGACUCGUUCACACAGUCCGUCCAGGAGGUGAACUUCAUCUCGAGGUUUCUCUCAAGUACUCCAACAGGCCCCAGCAGGUCGCGUUCACUCCCCAUUUCCACAAACAGAAGACAGCAGGAUGGUUCCUCCUCCUCGGAGACGCCGACGAAGACGUCGAUGAACUGAUUGCUCUCCGACGCGUCCACAUACACAGCGGAAAGGCUCAGGCUUCCUUUGAGUUCUCCGCUCCUGACGUUGGAGACACGACCUUUCUGCUGACCCUUUACAUUUGCAGCGACACCUACUUUGGUCUCGAUCAGGAAGUGGAAAUUUGGAUUCGAACCGAAGCGUCUUCUGACCUCAAAUGCGAAGGUCUGACAGUGAUCUAA